UGUCGUAAAGCAAACAGGACUCUUGAUAGGUGCUCCAUGGAAACGCGCUCACGGCUGGAGUUUUGUUUACACUCUUGGGGAGCCAACAGUUACGGCCAGCUGGGACAGCGACAUGUGGAGGACCAGGCUGCGCCUCGGCUCGCCGACACCGCGGCUCUGCAGAGCAGGGCGGUCCGGACCGUCAGCGGCGGCGGGGGACACACCGUGGUUAUCACCGAGAGUGGAGAGGUGUUUGUGUGCGGCCAGAACCACAGAGGUCAGCUGGGACUCGGUCACAAUGCAGAUAUUUCAACUCUUCAACUCUGCCCGGUCUUGAAUCAGAGAAUCACACACACAGCCUGUGGUUGGGAUUUUACUCUUCUACUCACUGAUUGUGGUCAGCUACUGGCUUGUGGAUCCAAUGCGUUUGGACAACUGGGUGUUGCACAGAAAGUCACGUACUCUGCAGAGCCACUGGUUAUUGAGAGUCUGAAGGAGCCAAUAUUGAGUGUAGCUGCAGGACUUAGACAUGCGCUUGCUGUUACUGACUCAGGCUGUGUGUAUCAGUGGGGAACCGGUCUUUUCAGUCAUGCUAAGAGAGCACUCAGUCCACACCCUGUCCCACCACACCUCAGCUCUAAGGUGCCGUCUCUAGUACCGGGUCUGGAUCAGACGACAGCACACCUGGUAGCGGCAGGCUCGGUACACUGUGUGUGUCUUACAGGAGAUGGUGAUUUGUUUCUUUGGGGCAGCAACAAGCAUGGCCAGCUCACCACCACAGAGUGUUUCCUGUCUUCUGCUACUCUUCUGAGGCGAUCUCUGUUGGACGGAGAGAAAAUUAUAAAUGUAUGGAGCGGCUGGACACACACUAUUGCUCAAACAGAGAGUGGCAGAGUGUUCACAUGGGGCAGAGGAGAUUAUGGACAACUUGGCCGACAAGCAACAGCCAGUCGGGACCCGGAGCAGCAGUCAGCUGGCCCUGUAACAGAAGGUGGCAGCCAGGAGGUCUGCCUCCCUGUAGAGGUUAAAGCCCUCCGUGGAGCGACACAGAUUACAUGUGGAUCUGAACAUAACCUUGCCAUUGUUGGGGGCUGUCUCCUCUCAUGGGGCUGGAAUGAACAUGGGAUGUGUGGAGACGGUUCACAGGGCGACGUCUUUCAUCCACAGCUCGUUCCGGGUCUAAAGCCUCUUCUCAUUGCCUGUGGAGCCGGACACUCCAUGGCAGUGUGCCCAGCGUCGACUGGCUCAAGACAAAACUCUGCACCGACUCCACUUGAGUAACGUUGGAGCAGCAGCAGCAUUUAUUGAGCAGGACAAUCAGAGAAGAAGUGGCAGAAAAAGAAUGAUUUGGGGAAUUAACACAUUUCUGUUUUUUGGCUUGUAAAGCCAAAAUCUAAUCAUUUUAAGUGCCGUUAUCUAUGCAGUAGCUUUCACCCUUUAGAGGCUACCUGAGCUACUUGAAAAUGUCACACUUCAAACCGCAGUUAUAAAUACUCUUGUGUGUUUGGACACAGGCUGAGUUAUGUUUCAUGUGACAGAGGCCAUCAUUUUGAUGGACAUGAUAGGGCCAAUGGCUUUGCAGGACAUGGCUGUGCCUAUGGCUGCUGGUCCACCUGCCACACUUGUCUUCCUGAAUGAAGCCACUAUGGAUCAUGUGAGGGAUGGGCUGGACGGGUGCUAUAGCUCCAUCUUCUCAUGUCAGUUGGUUUAUUGCUGUGAUCUUGAGUGUCACAAUGUAAUCAAUCUCUGCACUUCAUAGUGAAAAUCUUUCUCAUCUUGUGAUUUAUCACUUACACAUAUAGGAUAGUAUUGUUUUGUUUUACAACUGUUCACCACUUAUUUAUGUUCGUCAGGCUGUGUCAUACUCUUCCCUGUCCUGUUUGUGUCCUUUGCACCAUUUUUGUACUCCAUUAAUCCCUCUGGGAAGAAACUCUUCCACUGCAUUAGUCCCAACCUACAUAUUCAUAAGCAUAAGCUGUGGACAUCCGCAGUGCAGCACCUGGGUAACACCUGCAUUUCUCAAGUCAGCACUUUGGUCAAAGGCAAAGACUCAGAAUGGCACGUCUGCCUUAUAUUUACUUUUUUAUUUAAGAGUUUCUUAUUUUGUCACUGUAUUUUAUGCAGAUUAUAUGUGAAAAACCUUCAUGGUAUCAAAAUUAUGCAUUAAUGAAAGUUAAAGUACUUCUAACUGGGUUAAUUUAAAAAAAAUAAAUCAACACUCACUGAAAAACGA